AUCUGACAUCAGCAUUGUUGGUGACAGUACAGUGACAAUGGGGAAAUCGUACAUGUUCACAUGCUAUGCUGCAUGCUACCCAUCCUGCAACAUUGUAUGGAAGUACAUGGGAAAGACUUACGAAGGUAACCAAGUCCAGAUACCCAUCUAUCAUCAGGGGGACAAGAAAAUUGCCUGUCACCUUGAGAUCACCUUUAAUGACUACACCAAAAUUGAGCCUCUGACCUGUGAGGCUACCAACACUAUAUCUCACAGCAUUAGCACCUCCGUUAGGAACCUCACUGUCAUCGACCCCAUCUCAGUGCAUCCCUCCUCUGCGGGCCUGCCAACGGGAGAAAGAUCCUUCUCUUUGCAGUGUGUGGGCUCUCAGAACCCCGCCUCCAUCACAUGGCUUUGGAACAAACUCCCAAUGCCAGCAUCUGAAAGAGUGCUCUUCUCCUCUGACAACAGCACAAUGACAUUCAAUCCUCUCCUGCAUACUGAUGAUGGCUUAUACCAAUGUGUGGUGGCAGACGGGGGGCCCCCCAUUCAGUCUGUUGGCUACCAGAUGCAAGUAAACUACGGACCAUAUGGAGUGGGGAUCAGCGGGGGGGACAUACUGACUGUAGGAGUGCUGUAUCAUUUCAACUGCUCAGUGGACUGCUACCCAGCCUGCCUGCUGACCUGGACCUGGGGUAACGUCACCUCCCAUGGCCCCCAUUUCAGCCUGCAAAUUGAGGAGCUGAUCCCCCCACAACUCCUGACCUGCACAGCAGUCAACCCUUUGAUAGGAGUCGAACUCGCCGGCGAAGAGACAAUUCAAGUGAUAGUUGGACCAACAAACAUCCAGAUCAGCGGUCGAGGCUUCCUGACUGCAGGAGUUGCGUCUAACUUCAGCUGUUCUGCUGACUGCUACUCCUCCUGCAGCUACUCCUGGGCGCUCACUGAGGAGGGUCUGAUGAUAAACACUGCUCAAGGAAACACCAUUUCUGUCACCCCGUCUACAUCUGUUAAUAAUGUGUUUGAGACUCUGACCUGUACGGCUCAGGACACCGUCUCACAUCUCUCCAUCUCCAGCUCUCUAUCACUGCCUGUCGCAAGCAUAUUUGACAUGAGCAUGGUUGGUAACAGGACAGUGAAACUGGGACAACAGUACACGUUCUCAUGCUAUGCUGCAUGCUACCCAUCCUGCUACAUUAUAUGGAAGUACAUGGGGGAGACUUUCCAAGGAGACAACAUUGAGAUACCCAUUUUGGAUUCAGCUGAAAAUAAAACGUUUUCCAAACGCCUGGAGAUCACCUUUAAUGACUACUUUAAAUCUGAGCCUCUGACCUGUGAGGCUGUAAACACAUUAUCUAACGCCACAGUCAGCCUCACUGUGAACCUCACUGUCGUUGACUUAUUCUCAGUGCGUCCCACCACGCAGGCCCCCCCGGUUGCAGGGGAGCCCUUCUCUCUGCAGUGUGUGGGCCCUCAGGAGCCAGCCACCAUCACAUGGUUAAAGAACAAACACAAAAUGCCAGCCAGGGAAAGAGUGCACCUCUCCCCUGACAACACCACCAUCACCUUCAGCCACCUCUUCCGAGCGGAUGGAGGAGUUUACCAAUGUGUGGUGGUAGAGGAUGGACCACCCAUCUUAUCUAUUGGCUACCUGAUGCAAAUUAACUAUGGGCCAGACGCUGUAAGUAUAUUGAAUCCUUAUGGAGGGCCUGUGGGGGGGCUGAUGUACGCUCAGCCUGGAUCCACCAUAGAGCUGCAAUGUGUGACCACCUGCUACCCCGUCUGCUCCAUCAGCUGGUUUUACGGCGGUUUGCUCCUGGCUACAAAUAGCUCCAUAUCCUUCACACCUGUAGCACCUCCAUACACGACCCCCCUCACCUGUGUGGCCUUGAAUCCAGCAACACAACAAAACCUUACAGCUGAGAUCACCGUGGGGGUUUCUGAUGGACCGAAGAACGUGGUCAUCGAAGGGCCAGCCUCUCUUGAGAUCGGGGUCACGGCGACCUUGACGUGCUCAGCGGACUGCUCUCCUUCCUGCAGCUUCCAGUGGACGGUCUACGGGAAGACUAUGACGGGUAGUGUGAUUGACAUUACGGUGAACCGCUACAUCUCUGAAGAGUCCAUGAGCUGCCAGGCUCAGAACACGUUCACUGGGAACACGGCUACGACCAACGAGACGCUCAGUGUGUCAGAUCCUCAGUGGUGUGGAUGCUGAGACCCUGAGGAGCCCCUGCUCUCCUCCUGAACGCUCUGUGGACCCCAAAUUAGAGUUGGUAAUCUUCUUAUUAAUGACAGUAAACAUACGUGUGUGGCUGUAUUUACUCAACACUGCGUACUGACGGUGAUGGACUGGCGCCCUGAAUAGGGUGUGCUCUGGAUUUAGGACAAUGCAUGCUGGGAACGGUUCCAACCUCUUUGUGACCCUGAACAAGAUUAAAAAGGUAGAGAGAAAGGAAUGCGUUUGACACGUAAAGUUGUUUUUAAUUACACAAGGCUAAUCUCAUUUCACAAUAUGUACCCAUUUGUCUUGCCAAACAAUAUGCACUAUCUUGCUUAAUAAACAAAGAGCUACUUUACCUUUGCUGAUAACCUGGUG